AUGACAGCUUUAAGAAUUCUAGUUCCUGUUAAGCGGGUGAUUGAUUAUGCGGUUAAACCCCGAGUCAACUCAACACAAACAGAUAUUAUCACUGCUGGUGUCAAACACUCCCUCAAUCCUUUUGACGAGAUUUCUGUUGAAGAAGCAGUUCGCUUUAGAGAACGACACAUUAAAUCUCCCUCCGCCAAUAACCCGAAAGUCGAAGAGAUAAUUGCUUUUACAGUCGGACCACCCAAAUCGAUAGAUGUGCUCAAGACAGCAAUGGCAAUGGGUGCAGAUCGAAGUAUAUUUGUUGAGGUACCAGAAGGCGAGCAGCCAGAAAGCCUAGGUGUGGCUAAAUUAUUAGCUAAAAUCGUGGAACGAGAAAAUAUCAGUCUGGUGCUUGCUGGUAAGCAAAGUAUUGAUUCAGACGCCCAUUCUGUCGGUGGUAUGCUAGGUGGAUUCUUGGGAUGGGGAUUUGCUGGCCAGGCUAGCAAAAUUUCAUUUGAGGAGUCAGGAGCCUGUACGGUAGAGAAAGAGGUUGAUGGAGGAACCGAAAUUGUUAAAGGUAGUUUACCAAUGGUUAUUACUGCAGACUUGAGACUCAAUGAGCCCCGAUACGCGAGCUUGCAAAAUAUUAUGAAAGCUAAAAAGAAGCGGGUAGACAAGUUGACUCCAGAAGAACUAGGAGUAGACUUAAAGAGAAGACUUGUUACAAAGAAGGUAGUGGAACCAGAGGCUAGGAAGGGCGGAGGUAAAGUCAGUGAUGUAGAUGGCAUGAUCCAAAGGUUGAGGGAGCUGGGCGCCAUAUAG